AUUCAGAAUUUUUAUUUUAUUUUAUUUUAUUUUUAUCAUCUAUUUCGGGGAUUGCAGCUGCAAAAAUUCAGUUGAGGUGGAAUUCAUCGUUGGUCGGACGGCUUCGAGCAGAGAAAGUUGUUUCUUUUGAGGCUUCUUCAGCGUAGACGAGCUUGCAGAUUACGAUCAAAAAGAUAAUUUUGAUUGGGACGGCGAAGAAGGAAGAGUGGUUGAUGCACCGACCUCCGUCGAAGGAACCUCAAAAAAGAACGUAACUCCUCCGCGGACAACCACAGAUGAGCUCCGGCCUCGAGCGUUUCCAGUCCGCUCCGAGCUCGUUUCUUGGAGAAAUCUGCGACGAGUUCCUCGCCGUCCGUCCCGAGACAGAUACCAUGUUCCCUCGAUUCUCUGCCCCAAAUUUCCCCGAAAACCUCUCUUCUGGCGGCGGUCACUCGCGGCCGACGACUUUGUCGGAGAUCCUCAUCCCCCAUCAUAAGGUUGCAUUCCCCUCUUCUCCGCUGACGAUGUUUCACUCGAAUGCAGAUAAUGGCUGCACUGUGAUAAGUUCGAGCACUUUCAGAAACAAGGAUCUUCCUCCCAUUAGCUGCCCACCGAGGCAAAACUCCCUAAUGUCUCAGAUCUCUGAGACUCAGAAGAUGAGCUUGCCGAAGAACUUCCAACAGUUCCAGGAUGCAGUACCAUGCAGGGUCCGAGCAAAACGGGGUUUCGCUACUCACCCUCGAAGUGUUGCUGAAAGGGUGAGGAGGAGUAAAAUUAGUGAAAGAAUGAAAAAGCUACAGGAACUUGUGCCUAACAUGGAUAAGCAAACCAACACGGCCGCUAUGCUCGAUUUAGCAGUCAUUUAUAUCAAGGAUCUUCAGAAACAAGUCAAGGUGCUCUCGGAGGGGCAGGCGAAGUGUACCUGCUUAUCUAGCGAGGAGAGCAAGUACCUGAACAAUGGAGCGGGUGAAGGCUAAAGAAUUGGAGAUGCUGGUAAAUGGUAAUUGAUGAGCAGAGCAAGAAACAUUGUCUGUGGCUGUGUAGCUCCUACCAAUUACUGGAAUCAGUAAAGCACCAGUGUUGUUCUCGUCUCAAGGACAAACUCAUCGCAUAUUCCUCCACUACAAGUUUAGAUGUGUGUUCUCAUUCGGACAACCUAGUACUUAUACGAAUAAUUGAUGGUGCUGCCACUCUUGAAACCAGGAAAGAGUUUCCUGUGAGGAAGGCAGCUGGCUCUAACGAAGAGAAAGAGGCAUGACGCGAACCCAUCAACAUUCCUAAUGGAACCCGGGAAUAAAUGAUGGAUAGAACUCCAAGAAUCGAAAGAUAAAGAGUUUGAACUUGACCCGUAAGGCCGUAACCAAUAACUAGACGUAUUAUCAUCAUGCAAGCUGAGUCACCGAUCGAUAAGCCCGAUCACAUGGAUGAAGCCUUAAUUGACACUUAGACGUAUCUUGAUCUCUCCAUUCUCAUAAUUAGUCAAAUAUUCUUUUAUUAGUCUAUGUAAUGUUUCUUUGAAAUGUUUUGCUCCAAGUCUUAUAAUUAGACCAUCUAGAAGUGAUAAAUGAUUGCUCAUUUGAUGUGCAUUAUUAUGAACAACUCCUUGAUGUGCAUCAGAGGCAGCUCCACUGUUGGAAACCCACUUUUGAGCAGAAGGUGGAGCAUUACAUUAUCCCUUCCUUGUUUUCAUGCUAGAAUUGAAAAUUUUGUAUUUUACAUAUCCAUACAGUC